CAAAAGUGCCAGAAUAAAACCGAAAGCGUUGCCGAAAUUAGCAAAUUUAGGCAGUCGUUAAUUCCCUCAACAGUAUGGAGGCGCUCAACAGUUUUUAGCGAAUAUAAAUUAAACCCCUGAGUGAUAUUUUCAGUGUGUGUGUGGGGGCAGUGAGAUAAAGCUGAGCAGGUGCAGUGUCUAAGUUGCAGAGAGGUGUUGGCUGUGGGCAGCCAGCAGGACACAUGGCAGAGGAAGGCAACAAGCUGACACUGAGGCGCCUGGAGGCACCAAUCCACAAGUUCAUUAAAGUGGCUCUACCCACGGACCUGGAGAGGCUGCACAAACACCACAAUAACAUACUGAAGUACCAACAAAAUCAGCAAUGGGACCGGCUUCAUCUGGAGCACAUCAACGCCAGCAGGACUGUGCAGCAGCUGAGAGCUAACAUGAGAGAGAUGGAGAAGCUGUGCUCACGUGUCCGUGCCGAAGACACCGACGCUCUGGAAGCACUUGUCAAGCCGGUCAGAGACAGGGCGUCCGCCGCCGCACUAGACUUCCUGCGUUUGCACUCUAACCCCGUGCCUCAACAGGCGCCACCACCUGCCGCUCAGCCGUCCAGCUGUGUGUCCAGCAGUUGCCACGCCGAUGAUGACGAGUGUGAGGAGCCAGUGUGUGACAGGCAGACUCAGCUCCAGCUUCCAGAAAUCCCUGCUGAUCAGAGUGCGGCUGAGUCCUGGGACAACCUAGAAGAGGAUCUGAAGGAACUGAGUGGCUUGGUGACGGAGUUCUCUCUGCUCGUCCAUUCCCAGCAGGAGAAGAUUGACAGCAUAGAGGACAACGUCAACACAGCCACUGCCAAUGUGGAGGAGGGGACCAAGAGCCUGGGGAAGGCAGUGGGAUACAAGUUGGCGGUGUUGCCAGUGGCUGGGGCGUUGCUGGGCGGUGUACUAGGAGGUCCAAUCGGGCUGCUGGCUGGGUUCAAAGUAGCAGGGGUGGCUGCUGCUCUGGGAGGGGGGGCCCUGGGGUUUGCGGGUGGCAACAUGGUCCAGAAACACCGCAAAGCCCGAGUGGAACUACAGAUGAAACAACUGACAGCCCCGCCACCAGAAGCAACACAAGAACCAGAGUCGAACAAAGACAAGUGACCCCAACAGUUCUGGUUCAGGUGCUGACUAAGCAUUGACGACUCCAUGCUAACUGACCAAUCAGAAGCACAAACUAGACCUCCGGCGGUGUCACAUUGCCUUAAAAACACACAACAUUAGACGUCAUAAAGAGUCACAUACUUUGAUGUUGGGAUGUGAAUGGUUUGUCUGUGAGAAUCUAACUGGUGUUUUUAUGCUGAACACAACUAAGCAGUUAGUAACACCACAUCUUUAAGUGUGUGGUUAGGACAGCAUGACAUCACAUCUCUUAACUCAAAGAAAUCUUUGGCACCAAAUAAUUUAAGUCCACUAAACAGACCCAACCAUUCUGUUUAGUGUCAACACAUAAAAAGGACAGUUUGUUCUUCAUGCUAACAUAUUUUUCACCAGGGUUUGUUUACAAGUGAUCAUGCCCAAGUAUUUACUUAUGCAGAAAGUCAUAUUCCAAUGCAGCACUACUGAAACUACAAUAACAUUGAUGUACAGAGAAAAUGUCACUGUGGUGUUUCAUUCACUUAAUGUAGACUGAAGUGGUUCUACUUCAGUGUUUAUAUAUAUAUAUAUAUAUUAUACUGUAUAUAGAAACAGACUUGUUUGUGUGAAGUGCAAGAGCAAAAUUGCACAAAAAGCACCAAAGUGCCACUGUUCAGAUCACUUCAGGGACUGGAGUGGAAGAACCUGCCAUGUAUUGAUUAUACUGCUGCUGGUUUGCUGCCAAAUAAAAUGUUUCUUUUCAACAGUAAUGCCAUUCAUUGGAUAAAUAUCACCGUAAAAGACACCAGGAAAGUUCAGAGACUGACAUACAAAGCAUCAGACAACACGAUAUCCUGUAAAAUGGUUUUUAAUUUACUUUUUCAUUUUUUUACUCUUCUUCCCCUCUGAGAUGACUGGUUUAGAAAUGGCAUCACACUCCCCCCCUGUU